AUGAGCAGGGAUAGUCAAUUGAACUCCUCACUCAACUUAAACAACGGCGAUCACAUCAGCCACAGUAGCGAUAAUGAAAACAUCCUCAACUGCUACGUUGACAACAACAACAGAAAUGACGUUAACGUCAACAUUUUCUACAACAACGAAGACGAGGACAACAACAACAACACCCAGCGCUCUGAAGAUGCCUUCUAUAAGAAACAAAAUGAACCUCUCUUCUAUCUCGACACCCCACCUUACUUCCAAUAUCAUCAACUCUCAGCAUCUCCUGAACAACAACAACAACAACAACAGCAUCAUCAACAACAACAAGUCAAAAAUAUAAUUAACAUUGAAUGUUUCUCGUCAUCAUCAACAACGUCAACAGCAGCAACAGCAUUAACUGGCAUUCAACAUUAUCAGCAUCGUUAUCAAGAGGGCAGUGAACAUCAAGGUCUGGAUCAUUAUCAUUGCAGUCACACUUCUCCGCAAAUUCAUCAACAACACACGAUUGAGUUUCAAGAACUGCAAACACCAAUCCACCAUCUUUGUCAUCGCCCACAUCCACAGCAAAAACAACAGCAACAACAACAACAACAGCAACAACAACAACAACAGCAACAACAACAACAACAACAACAACAACGCAGACUGCAAACACAGCACCACAGAAAACAACAUCAACAAAACCAAGAAGAACUUGAAGAAGUUGCUCGUCAGCAGCCAACGAAAUUCAACUUGAACACCAAAGAAAGAAAAAAAUCGAAUUCACAAAAGCAUUUUGAAGUGUCAAAAGAAAUACAUCAGCUUCAUCAACGCCACUACCACCAUCAUCACCCGCAACCGUUGCAGCAGCAGCAACAACAACAGCAACCUCCCCAUCAUCGUCAUCAUCAACAACAAAUCGUUCAAGAGUGUCCACGUACACACAUUCACACACAUCAUCUGCAACAACAUCAGCAGAAACAACACCUCGGAAAACAAUCUUCUUUACAAUCCACACAUUUAAGUGAGCAAACAAGCCGGCAACAUUCAUUCAACCAAGAAUUUAUAACAGUUGAGCAACAAAAGCAACAGCAACCAUCAUUGCAUCCGCAUCGCAAGUCGUCUCCAGCACCACCGACGACUUCGACAACAAAGACGCCAACGACAAAAACAGCAGCAACAACCUCAGCAACAACAACCACGUCUGCUUCAGCUCCUACAACCACCUCCUUCAAACUGUCCUACGUUGACUUUCCACCGCGAUGUGCCGGCGCAGGUAACAUCAUCUGCGCCCCAGAGUAUGAAAGAUUUGAGUUAGUUCCAUUUGCAUCAUUCUUCAAUUUUUAG